UAGGCGCAGGCGCGAUUGCCCUGGAGGUCGGGGGAGGGAUGCGGAGGAAGUGGCGGCCCUGGGUUUGUUUGGGUUGUGGGCGGUGCAUGCACAGCCCGGGAAAAGUGGGAAAUGGCGGCGCCGAGCGCGGGGUCCCCUCCCGCCCUGCAGCAAAGGGGGCUAAUGGCUGCUGACCGGAGGCGCAGGAUAUCAGUGGUUUAUGGUAUGCAUCCUGACCAUCAGGAGACUCUGAAAAAGAACCGAGUGGUGCUAGCCAAACAGCUGUUGCUGAGUGAACUAUUGGAACAUCUCCUGGAGAAGGACAUCAUCACUCUGGAAAUGAGGGAGCUCAUCCAGGCCAAAGUGGGCAGUUUCAGCCAGAAUGUGGAACUCCUCAACUUGCUGCCCAAGAGGGGACCCCAGGCUUUUGAUGCUUUCUGUGCAGCACUGAGGGAGACCAAGCAGGGGCACCUGGAGGAUCUAUUACUCACCACUCUCUCUGGUCUUCAGCAUGUACUCCCACCGUUGAGCUGUGACUACGACAUGAAUCUCCCUUUCCCAGUAUGUGAGUCCUGUACCCCUCACAAGCAGCUCCGCCUGUCAUCAGACACUAUGGAACACUCCCUAGAUAAUGGAGAUGGUCCUCCUUGCCUUCAGGUGAAGCCUUGCACUCCUGAGUUUUAUCAAACACACUGCCAGUUGGCCUACAGGUUGCAGUCUCGGCCUCGUGGCCUGGCAUUGGUGCUGAGUAAUGUGCUCUUCACUGGAGAGAAAGAACUGGAAUUUCGCUCUGGAGGGGAUGUGGACCACAGUACUCUAGUCACCCUCUUCAAACAUUUGGGCUACAAUGUCCAUGUCCUGCAUGACCAGACUGCACAGGAAAUGCAAGAGAAACUCCAGAAUUUUGCACAGUUACCUGCACACCGUGUCACAGACUCCUGCAUAGUGGCACUCCUUUCACAUGGUGUAGAGGGCAGCAUCUAUGGUGUGGACGGCAAACUGCUGCAGCUCCAAGAGGUUUUUCGGCUCUUUGACAACGCUAACUGUCCAAGCCUUCAGAACAAGCCGAAAAUGUUCUUCAUCCAGGCCUGCCGUGGAGACGAGACUGACCGCGGUGUUGACCAGCAGGAUGGAAAGAAGCCCGGGUGUGAGGAGAGUGAUGCUGGGAAAGAGGAGAUGCUGAGGAUGAGACUGCCCACUCGCUCUGACAUGAUUUGUGGCUAUGCCUGCCUCAAAGGCACUGCUGCCAUGCGGAAUACCAAACGGGGUUCCUGGUAUAUUGAGGCACUCGCCCAGGUGUUCUCUGAGAGGGCUUGUGACAUGCAUGUGGCCGACAUGCUGGUUAAGGUGAAUGCCCUCAUCAAGGAGCGUGAAGGCUACGCCCCUGGCACAGAGUUCCACCGAUGCAAGGAGAUGUCUGAGUACUGCAGCACUCUGUGCCGUCACCUCUACCUGUUCCCAGGAUACCCUCCCACGUGAUGCCACCUCCCCAUCGUCCAUGCUGUUGGCGGCCACUGGACCACCAGAGGCACGAUAGAGCCUUUUUUCUUCCAGAUGCAGUUUCUGUUCUGCCCCCUCAGGGAUAUGGGGACCCCCCAGGCUUGUUUCCAGUGCCCAUCAUCUCCGCCUUUGUGUGGGGGACUCCAGGCCAGCUCCUCUUGUGUGAAGCUCUCCCUGUAGAGCCGGCUCUGGCUGAACUUGUUGCCAGGAAUGUUUUGGCUGCAAUCAAAGAGCCUGGCAGGCAGUGCUAGGAACAGUACCAUUGUGGGGGAGGGCAUGCAGGUUUCUUAGUGUUUGUUACUUCAGCCCCCAGGGCUUCUAUGGGGCACUUUGGUCGUCACUCUUAUUACAGUAGUAAUGAUGUUUCAAAGAUGGUCUCAUAUCUGUUCUGUGUUCCAUUUCCCAACACCGUUUGUCCCAGAGAGUUUGGAGGGUGUCCUAAGUUAACAUAGGCAUUUUCAUUUGGCUUUGAAAAGGUAGAUGUGACUGAAAGACACACCCUCUACUGUGAGCAGAAGUGCCUGUACAUUCCCUUCAGGACCGCGGGUCCCUGUGGACAGCAGUCUUCUCACUUCACCCUUUGGGCUGCAGGAAGCCAGCCUUUCAUCAGCAGUUGGGUCUGCAUGCUUUGCUCCUGGGAGUGUUAAAGAGCUUCCUUGGGCCUUCUUUCCCCGAGCGGUUACUGAAGUGAGUGUGUGGGGAGAGUGGGCAAAAGGCCAGGAGGGUGGUGUUCUGCUCACACUGACCUGCCACGUGUCUGCUUUCUCUCUCCUCCGAGAUGUCCCUUCCUCUCCCGUAGUGUUCUCAUGUCCAAGCAGUCAAAGGGAACCUCACAUCUGGAUUUCUGGAAUAGCUUCCCACUGUUGUCUCCCUCCUUCAUGUCUCUUCCUUUCACUGCUGCGUUUCCUUCUGUUCAGUUCUGCCAUGUCAGUGGGCGGUGCCCCUUUGCGGGUCCUUUGGCUCCUGCACUCUGCUUCUUUGUCAGACUUGUUUUGAUUUUAUGUGGUCUUCUCUCCCCUCCCAUUCUAUUUCAGUGAGGAUAUUACCACACACAUUAUUAUUCUUUCAAACCUAGAAACUUUAUUUCUGCUUCUAUGAAACCUUCCUGUUCUUAAGGCAUUCUUUUCCAUUUCCAUUUUACCCCCUCCAGUCUAUUCUUCACAUAACAGAAUGAUUUUGGGUUUUUUUGUUUGUUCAUUAUGUUUUGAGGGACAUUAUUUUAGUUUUUUGUUUCUUGGUAUUAGAGAUUGAACUCAGGGACACUGUAUCACUGAGCUGCAUCUCUAGCCCUUUUUAUUAUUUUGAGGGGGGGAUGACAGGUUUUUGGUAAGUUACUUAGGGUUUUACUAGGUUCCUGAGGCUGCCUGGAACUUUUGAUCCUCCUGCCUCAGCUUCGUAAGUCACUGGGAUGAUAAGCAUGUUCCAUUGCCUGGCCACUUUUUGUUUUUUAAAUAUAAAUCUGAUGAUAUCAUUCUCCUGCUUGGAACUCUUUGGCUUCCUGUUACACCUCAUAAAAUUCAAACUCCUUACCCUGAUUUGUGAGAUAUGGCCCUUGUCUUCCACUUGAACCUUAUUAAGUAGUGGCUUCUCACUAUGCUCUAACCCCGUGGCCUCUUAGUGUCUCAGCUGUUCUAAGCUCUCUAUCCCAAUGCUCUUGCCUGGGAUAGCAUCUUAUUCUUCGAGUUUCAUGGAGGCCUUCCCAACCUGUGAUCUGCUUCUAUGAAACCUAAUAAACAGUCUUCUCUGUUUAUUACUGCUUUCUGUUUAAUUAUUCUUCUUUGGUUCUGGGGAUUGAACCUAGGGGCAUGCUUCCAUUGAGCUGCAUCCUCUAGUCCUUUUUAUUUUUUGAGAAGAGAUUUUGCCACAUUGUUGAUUCUGGUCUUGAACUUUUGAUCCUCCUGCCUCAGCCUUCCAAGAACCUGCAAUUACAGUGUCUACCACCUUGUCCAGCUCGUUUCAUUCUUUCCUUGCACUUACUGCAACUUGUAAUUACAUAUUUGUUUGUUUUACUUGUUUGUUUUUAUAUCUCCUACUAGGCUAUAAGCUCCAAGAGGGCAGGAACCCUGGCUCUCUUACCUGUAUGGACCCAGUGCUUGGCGCUUACUAAAUCUUCAGUAAAUGUUCGUUGAAUGAAGAAAGGAGGCCAGCAGCCAACCCUUUCUAGAAUCCUACUUUUUGACAAAAUUUCCCUUUUGACAUUAUACAGUUGAGUAUUUGUACUUGUGUUUUUCCAGGUGUUCUGUUUUUGUUCACUGGUAUUUUUAGCUCCUUGAAGACAUACCAUCUGUGAGACAGCUUCUUUCACAUCCUGCAUGGUGCCUAGCAGAAUGCACACAUGCAAUAGUCAAGGUGCUCAAUAAACAUUUGUUGUGCGAGCGGGUGGCUUGAAGACUUGCUCCCUUUGGGUCAGUGUAGGAUGGGCGUAUUUGAGUGAUCUAGCCUUUCCACUUCCCACUGCCAAGAUUUGUAUUGCCAUGAGGUGCCAAAUAAAUGUUCAUAUUUGUUACUGUU